CGUCAACUUACUUCUACUCCUACAUAAUACUAGGUUAAUGCAUUAGAUAAAGACUGUAACCCCGCCGGAAAAGAAGCUUCGAUAUGGAUAGCCACGGCGCAGCUCGCACCGCCCGAACUGCACGAACCGAAGAACAGCGCCGGCAGGAUCUCGAUAGGAUUAGCAAGUAUCGCGACCUCGAGGAUUCCAUCCGCGCUCAAACCUCGGCUAACAACUACGAUUCCGCCUUGUUCCAGCUUACCUCUAAACUACUCCGUCUAAAUCCCGAAUACUACACAAUAUGGAACGUCCGUCGCCGCUGUCUAAUCUCUGGAUUAUUCUCCGUACCCUCGGAUGGAUCAUCGCUCUCGAAGGCGUCACUGAAUACUUCUCAGAACGACACUACGAAUCCGUCUUCAGACUACUCCUCUCAUUCUUCCUCGGAUGCGACCCCGCUAUACCGAGACUCCCCGACAACUGGGAAGAAUGGUAUUACAGUUGAGGGCAAGCGAAGGGAAGACGUCGAGGCCGAUGUCAACACGUUGCAGUCCGAGCUUGCAUUCACCAUUCCUUUGCUCCUAGAAUACCCCAAGUGCUACUGGAUAUGGAAGUACCGUAGGUGGCUUCUCGAGCAAGCCAUCGUACGACUCCCCGCGACGACUGCGCGCAAUAUCUGGGAGGCCGAACUUGCUCUGGCGUCUAAGAUGCUGACCAAGGAUCGCCGCAACUUUCAUGCAUGGGGCUACAGGAGGAACGUGGUGGCUGCACUCGAGAGUCCGUCGCUAGAUGGCAAGAGCAUGGUCGAGAACGAAUUCGCCUACACCACAAGAAUGAUUAAUGUUGACCUAUCUAACUUCUCAGCCUGGCACACCCGAAGUCAGCUGAUAUUACGUUUGCUUGACGAACGCGGAGCCAACGACGUCGAAAGGAGGGCAUUCCUCGAAGCAGAACUUGAUCUUGUCCGAGAAGCUCUUAAUGUCGGACCCGAAGAUCAGAGCCUCUGGUAUUACCACCAAUACAUGGUAUCGCAGAUCGUCAACCGCGCCGACAAGCCGACCAUAGCACCAGCUCUAACCGUAACGGAGCGGGUGACCUAUGUAAAGAAGGAGAUUGAUAAUAUCAAGGACUUGCUGGAAGACUAUGAGGACGUGAAAUGGAUCUACGAGUCUUUACUAGAAUAUACAAUCGCGCUGAAGGGUCUCGGAGAGCAGGUUGAAGAUCCCGCAAAGUGGCUAGCAAAAGUCCGAGCCCUGGAUCCAAUGCGGGCGGGUAGGUGGGAUGAUGUAGAGAAGCAGCUGAGCGCUGCUCAGCCCUGAGUAGCCAACUAUUGAUGCUACUGCUACGUUCUCGAUGC